AUGCCAGGCACCUCCCUGGAGGAAAUUCGUCCCACCUACACCUACAAGGUGGUUCUACUGGGGAGCACGUCAGUGGGAAAGUCGAGUCUGGCCUACCGAUACGUGAAAAACGACUUCAAAGAGUCACUGCCAACUGUGGGAUGUUCCUUCUUCACACAGAUACUCAACCUGGAGGUAGCCACUGUCAAGUUUGAGAUCUGGGACACGGCAGGCCAGGAGAAGUACCACAGCGUCUGCCACCUCUACUACCGGGGCGCCAGCGCCGCUCUCCUCGUUUACGACAUCGCUAACAAGGAAACACUCAACAGAGCAAAGCUGUGGCUGAGGGAACUGGAGAAGGAAUUCCUUCCCGAUGAAAUCGUCAUUGCUUUGGUGGGCAACAAGACAGACCUUGCUGCUGAAAGAGAAGUUGCCACUGAGGAAGGGCAAGAGUUUGCAAGGACCGAAGGCCUCCUGUUCAUGGAGACAUCUGCAAAAUCCAGCCACCAAGUAGAUGAUAUCUUUAUGGCCAUAGCCCAAGAGCUCCUCAAGCGGGAACAAGAGAAGACAUCUGUCCUGUCCCAACGUGGGGGGUCAACAGCUGACCUGAGAGAGAGCAGGGCAAGGACGAGGUGCUGCCAGCUCUGA